AUGCUGAGUCCUUUGCCGAAGUUAGCAAGAAAUGCCAAGGUUGCAGUAGUCGGCAGCGGUGUGUCAGGCCUGAUGUUCAGCUACUUUCUCGCUAAGUUGAGGCCUGACAUCCAGAUCAACUUGAUUGAGUCUCAUGAUAGGACCGGUGGCUGGAUAAAGUCUUGGCACACCAAUGAUCAAAACAAUAAGCCUGUUAUGUUGGAACAAGGUCCUCGCACACUUCGAGGUGUCUCUGAUGGUACAGUUCUAAUCAUUGAUACGUUAAGAGAUCUGGAUAAAGCAUCAGCUGUACAAUGUGUGCGCAGUGACUCUGAGGCAAACAAGAAAUUCAUGUUGGGAAUUGAUGAUAAACUCGUUAAAGUACCUGAGUCGCUUGGAAGCGCUUUUGAGUUUCUAUUAAAUCCGCUCAGCAAGGGCCUAGUCACUGGUUUGUUGGGUGAGCCAUUUAGGAAAGCCCCAGAUCAUCCAGGUCAAGAUGAAACCGUGAGUUCCUUCUUGCGUCGAAGGUUCGGCAAUGAUUACGUCGGCAAGAACAUUUUGAGCGCUAUGUUUCACGGCAUCUACGGUGAUGAUAUCAAUCAUAUGAGCGCCAAAAGAACCAUGCGGAAGCUCUGGGAUUUAGAGCAGGAAUAUGGCUCGAUAAUGAGAGGUUUCUUCCAGAAAAAGCCUGGUAGCGAUAAAAAGCCGACUCUCUCACCACUGUUAAGCCAAUACCGGCAAGCUUUCGGUAAAGACGAGACAAGUUUAUUGAAUCUGUCUAGCAGCUUGCGAAAAUACCCAAUGCUAGGCUUGAAAGGGGGCCUCGAAACAUUUCCUAACGCCGUUAGACAAAGUCUCAACAACUCGCCGAAUGUGAACGUCUUAUGUGGCAAACAGGUUUCCAGUAUCCAACGCAGCGCCUCCCAGGAGGGCUUCAACCUUCAGCUCUCUUGCGGCGAAACGAUGACCGGUCUGGAUCAUAUCCGACUUACGCAGACCCCCGCAAGAAUCUCAACAAUGCUUGCGGCUGACAACCAAGAACUAGCCCAAAACCUGGCAAGGAUCAAGGCGAAUGAUAUCAUCCUCGUAAAUUACUAUUUACCGGGACAAGAUGUCAUUGCAAAGAGAUAUCGCGGCUUUGGAUAUCUGUGUCCGCAGGCCAACCGCAACCCACAAAACCUUCUAGGGGUUAUAUUCGACUCCGUCAUCGAAAGGAGCUUCGAGCCUGUAUUCACGGAUACCUGCGCUACGACCAGGUCCCAAACUGCCUAUACAAAACUCACAGCUAUGUUGGGAGGCCAUUACUUAUAUCAAAACGGUGAGAAAAACCUACCGUCGAGCGAGCUGACUAUUCGGUCCGUGAAGGAUGUCUUGAACUCGCAUCUGGGGAUAUCACAGGAGGCUUUAGAUCAAGGCCUCUGGGCAGUUACCGUUGCCAAGAGCUGCCUGCCUCGUUUUUCCGUCGGCUACGACGACUGGCAGUCUUCGGUUGAGCAAGAAUUGGCCAAAUCCUACGCCGGCGCGAUCUCGGUCGGUGGGAUGGGCUUUGCCAAGGGACCAGGAGUCCCAGACGUUAUAGCUGAUGGUCUUGAAGAUGCUAUAAAGCUGGCAUAA